AUGUGACAAAGUUUGCAAGGCCACGAGCACAAAAUGCCGGGCAUCUCAACUGCCCCCAGAAGCAUGCAGAAUGAAUCUUGCUCCAGCACAAUUUUGCCGAGCAACGGUGCUAGCGGCCAUUUGGGCGUCCGGUCGCCGGUCAACGGCACUGCAGACAGCCUCUCCAGCCUCCCUUCCGCCUCCAGCAGCGCAUCCUCCCUCCUCACCUCCGACACCAGCCUCGAGGCCGCUUUUCUGGCCUAUCACGACGCCCAUCCCGAGCAGACGCAACGCCAUCGGCACAAACAGUCCGGCCCAGCCCAACCGGCCCAUUUGGCCUAUCCCCAGCAGAUUUGUCUGUCCGGCGACACCUCGGACCCCAGCAACCCGUACGUCUGUCUUGCCUCCUCGGCAACUCUCGCCUCUCCGCACUACAUCACAACAUCGCAUCACAUGCAACCGCUACAGUUGGCCUCACCCACCGGUCAGCAUCCCUCGCCGUUGCCACGCGACUCCAUCGCCUACACCGCUUAUUCGGGCAUGUCACAGGCCUCUUCGCAUCAUCUGCUCCCCGACGACCAGUUUGCCGCCACGGCCGGCUCGAACCCGGCCGGCGGCGCAACCCACUCGAACGGCGCCGGCCAACAGCACUCCAGCCUCGCCUACCUCACCAACCCGACCUACACCUCGUCCGCCCCCCUCGUCAGCCAUCCCCAACUCAAUCCCCACCUGCACCACCCACACCUACACUCCCACCCACCGCCACCG